AUGUCUCAACACAGAAGGCCUGGCGGCGAGCCGCCGUAUGACUCACGAAGCAGACGCCGGCAAUCUUCCCAACGACGCAGCAGUCGCGCCAGCGAUGUCGACACCAGCCGCUACCAUCCAGUCGAGGGCCGUCGUCGGCGCGCAAACUCUUCGGCCUCCUUCGAAGACACGUUAAGGGAUCCCGAUGUAGCAGCGGAGAGCCUUCCACUGUCGUCCACAGGCGAUAUGUCCGAACCCCCUAGCGAACGGCCACCUAUUCCGAGGAAGAGGAGCUUGGUCCGGCCGGAGCGGAACAGGAUAGGGAAAGAUCACCCCAACUACCACUACCGAAAGCAUGCGGCCAACAUGAACACGGCUCCUUCGUCUACCGGCAACGAUCCCAUUGUAGAAGAUCUCGAGGGCGCUACCGACGUCUCUGGCUCCCGUGUUGGCGAUGCUGCGUCUGACGUUUCUCCUGCGCCAGGCAUGGUGCCCAGCCGGACAAACAGCGACGAGGCGGAAAAAAAACACAGAAGCCGUCGCAGAUCUGACCGGGAGCAAAAGUCGAAUAAGAUUCACAAGGGCAGCAAGCGAAAGAGAAGCCGUCACAGGCGUGUGGUUGAGCCGACGCGCCCGCCCAGCCUGUGGCUUUUCUACUGCUACCUCGUUACCUUUUGGUGUCCCGACUUCGUUCUGCGGUACUGCUUCCACAAGCGGGAGAAGGAGCAGCAGCGUGCUUGGGGGGAAAAAAUGGGACUGAUCAGCAUCAUUAUGGCGAUCAUGGCCCUAGUUGGCUUUCAGACCUUUGGCUUCACGGCGGUUGUCUGCCGUUCGAAAACCCUCCGUCUUCGGGUUAACCACGUCGAUUCUGGCUACAUGAUCUUCCAUGGUCUGGCCUACGAUCUGACCAGGUCGAAGCACCCAGCAGCAGACGGUAUUCCCGCGGGCACCAAUGUGCUGUACGGCCUGUCCGAGAAGCAUGGAGGGCAGGACGGCAGUUUUCUGUUCCAAAACGUGAACGGCCGCUGCAAGAAUAUCAUCACGCUUGCAAACAACUCCGACGUCCCGACGAAUUCGGAUAACGACCUGGCGUGGUAUUUCCCUUGCAACACCUUCAACCAAGACGGCUCCAGUGAGCCCAACUCUACAGUCCCUUACUAUCUUGGCUAUGGCUGCCAUACCACUGCAGCUGCUCGCAAUAACUUCUACCUCGACCUCAAGCCCACUGCCCAUGUAUAUUACACGUGGGAUGACGUGAAGAACAGCUCUCGCAAUCUCGUCGUGUACUCGGGCAUUGUGCUGGAUCUCGACCUCCUGUACUGGUUCAACGAAGAUGAAGUCACCAUACCUAAUCGGUUCAAGGAGCUGCGCGACAAAACCACUGCAGCGAACAAGGCCAUCCACGGCCGCGAUGUGACACGCAGCCUUCAGGCAUCGGGUGACAAAGACAUUGCCGAGUGCUUUGAGGACAUAAUCAAGGUCGGCACGGUCGCUUCGACGACGGUGGGGUGCAUUGCAUUUAAGGUGGUCUUGUACAUGUCCCUCGUCCUCAUUUUUGGCCGUUGUCCUGGCCCGAUUCUUUCUGGCGUUGAUCUUUCAAUGGUUCAUCGCCAAGUCGUACGGCGCAGCCAAGACGUCGCAGUCGUCCGACAAGCGGAAGCGCAAUCGACACAUCGAAGACUGGAGCGAGGACAUCUACCGCGCGCCGCCGCGGAUGCCUGGCGAUAUUGGCAGCGAGGUGUGGCCGCUGCCAGCUCAGACCGAAACAGCAAGCGGGCCAGCUUCCUGCCGACGACUUCGAGGUUCACUGCUGUUUCGGCCAUUGAUCACACUCCUCGGGCGCGGACGGUACCGACGACGAUGGCGAGCCAGAACGCCAGCGCCCAACUUAGCCACUCUGACGCACUAUACAGCAAUGGAAACGACAGCCGCAGCAGCUUCCUGCGCUCUGAUCCCUACGGCAACAACGGCACACCGACCGAGGGAUACGGUCCGGCCGGCUUCAUUCACGAGGCAGUUGUGCCGCAACCGCCUUCGGACUGGAUGCCUUGGGGCUUCCCUCUGGCUCACUCCAUCUGCCUGGUGACGGCAUAUUCCGAAGGCGAGAUGGGCCUGCGAACGACGCUGGAUUCGAUCGCCAUGACGGACUACCCCAACAGCCACAAGGUCAUCCUCGUUAUCUGCGACGGCUUGAUCAAGGGCAAGGGCGAGUCGAUGUCGACACCGGAUAUUUCGAUUGGCAUGAUGAAGGACUUGACAAUCCCGCGCGAAGAAGUGCAGCCUUUCUCGUACGUGGCUGUGGCGAGCGGAGCCAAGCGCCACAACAUGGCGAAGAUCUAUGCCGGGUUUUACGACUAUGGCGCCAAGUCGCGCAUCCCGAUAGACAAGCAACAGCGCGUUCCGAUGAUGGUGGUGGUCAAGUGUGGGACGCCGGACGAGGAGACCAAGUCAAAGCCUGGCAACCGUGGAAAGCGCGACAGCCAGAUCAUCCUGAUGUCGUUUCUGCAAAAGGUCAUGUUUGACGAGCGGAUGACGGAACUCGAGUUUGAAAUGUUCAACGGCCUCUGGAAGGUCACUGGGAUCUCGCCCGAUUUUUACGAAAUAGUGUUGAUGGUCGACGCCGACACCAAGGUCUUCCCUGACAGCCUGACACACAUGGUCUCAGCCAUGGUGAAGGAUCCAGAGAUCAUGGGCCUCUGUGGCGAGACCAAGAUUGCGAACAAGCGAGACAGCUGGGUGACGGCCAUCCAGGUGUUUGAGUACUUUAUCUCCCACCACCUGUCCAAGUCAUUUGAGUCUGUGUUUGGCGGUGUGACGUGCCUACCCGGCUGCUUCUGCAUGUAUCGGAUCAAAGCACCGAAAGGCGCGCACAACUACUGGGUUCCAAUCCUGGCGAAUCCUGACGUUGUCGAGCACUACUCGGAAAAUGUGGUGGACACGUUGCACAAGAAAAACCUGCUUCUGCUGGGCGAGGCCCGUUACCUGACGACGCUGAUGCUGCGAACAUUCCCCAAGCGAAAGCAGGUAUUUAUUCCCCAAGCGGUGUGCAAGACGACGGUGCCCGAUACGUUUGCUGUGCUUCUGUCGCAGCGUCGCCGCUGGAUCAAUUCGACUGUGCACAACCUUAUGGAGCUGGCUCUGGUGCGUGAUCUCUGCGGCACGUUCUGCUUCAGCAUGCAGUUCGUCAUCUCAGUCGAGCUGAUCGGUACUCUUGUGCUUCCGGCAGCCAUUGCGUUCACGUUCUAUGUUGUCAUUAUUUCCAUCGUCCACCAACCACCCCAUAUUAUCCCCUUGGUUCUCCUGGGCCUGAUCCUGGGUCUUCCUGGCCUUCUUGUUGUGAUAACGGCACACUCGUGGUCAUACGUCGGCUGGAUGUUUAUCUACCUCAUGUCGCUGCCCAUCUGGAACUUUGUGCUGCCGACCUACGCCUUCUGGAAAUUUGACGACUUCUCGUGGGGCGACACGCGCAAGACGUCGGGCGAACAGACAAAGACGAAAAAGGCCGGCAUCGAGUAUGAAGGCGAGUUCGACAGCAGCAAGAUCACGAUGAAACGAUGGGCCGAGUUUGAACGAGAGCGACGAUCGCGAACCGGCUACUGGGGGCCGAGAGAGAGCGUGGCUGACGGUGCAUGGAUGAAAGCGCCGCCAGCUCCAGGCCACCAACAUUAUGAAGAGUACUACACGGACGCCUGA